AUGAGUAUGACGUGCCCUUUGGAGGAACAGCAGAGCUCACAUCCGGACGCAAAAGUGAUACUUCCCAGUCAGGCGCCCCCUCCGCCGACGAACGCGGCGCUGAAAUCGUAUAUGUAUGCUCCAGAGUCGCUUCCUCCGCGCCAGGAUCCGCUUUUGCACUUUAUUGUGAACUUGCUAAUGCGUGAUGGAAAGAGGGCUACCGCGGAGAGGUAUAUUGCGAACAUGAUGGGCCACAUGGGGAAACUGACAAACACGGACCCACUCCCGCUUGUAUAUGAAGCAGUAGAACUUGCGAAGCCAGUCUUGCGUAUGCAAUCGCGAAAGCAGGGUGGUAAGACGAUGCAAGUUCCUAUACCCUUGAACGAACGGCAAAGUACGCGGCGCGCGAUUAUGUGGAUUAUUGAAGCAAGUCGACGUCGUGCAGACCGCGAUAUAAGCCGUCGCCUUGCUGUUGAGAUGCUGGCAGUACUGGAGGGGAAUAGCUCUGUCCUCUCGCGUAAGGAUGAGCAACACAAAAUUGGCACGAUUAAUCGUGCUAACGCGAGUGUCCGUAUCUGA